AUAGCAAAAGAGAUAUAUGUAUUACCGGUUUCUCGAUAAACAUGCUUAAAGUCGACAAAGUAGUUUUAAAGCUGUUUAAAUACUUCUUGGGAGCUUUUGUCCCCGGUUGGUGUCACGAGGCGUGCCCGGCGUUCCCCGUGCUCUAUAUAAACGAGCGCGCUUAUUUCUUUUCACAUCGUGUUUUCUAAAAGCACAGAUAAGAGGCGUCAACAUGAAGACAAUACUAGCUUUGCUGUUUGUCGCUGCGGUGGCCGCGUAUACCCAGGCGCAGGAGUUGGAAUACCAUCCCCAAGCCAUCAUGCAUUAUUUGGAGAUGGAAGAUCGUGAAAUGGUAAGCAAGGUUCGCAGUGUUCUCAAAAUGAACGACGCGGAACCCAAACCCACCGUACCCGCCACUGGAAUGCCACCGAAAUUCAAAAUCUGCAUAGGAUUGGCCGUCAUAUGUCACAAGACAGCUAAAGACGAUGCUUGCCGGCAUCUAAAGUGCAUCGAAUUAACUAGCAAGUGUUUUGCGAAGGCUGGUCUGACGAUCGAGGACCUACCCGAGAAUAUGAAAAAAUGUCUGCCGAUCAUCCCUUGUUGCUUGGUGGGUAGCGGGUCAUGCGAGGAGAAGCUGUGUUGCUUCAUGAGGUAUGGAGAAUGCUUGAAGGAACUUGGAGACAAGGAAGAGUAACUUUCUCCACUGACCCUAAAACCGAAAAAAAACCGUGAUAGAGCCUGCACGAUAACCGACAGUAGUUUUGUAUCGAUAUCAAGUUGUCAUGAGUGAACAAAUGUUGCAUUAAAAGAGCCUGAUUGUUAUAAA